CAGGUGACUUCUGUCAGCUGAUUCCUGCAGGACAGAACAUGGCCGACCUGUCAGAAAUCCGACAAGAAAACGGGAGCUUCUUUUAGCAUCCGCUGUACUCUGUAAAUUCAAUAGAGAAAAAAAAAUUAAGGUUGAAAUCGCAUUUUUGACGCCGACAAUAUAAGAUGAGCGGGCUGUCCACGACGCUAACGAAUGGACCAAGCGAGAAGAAUGGAGAGGGGGAGCAAAUUUGGGAGAGGCCCUGGUCCCUUGAAGAGAUACGCAAGACCAGCGCUAACUGGUCCCUGGCUGCGGACUCUGGCCUCUUCCUGUUCCUCCAAGACUUCUCUCAGAGGAUGCUGUCCAAGACGCACGAGAUCGAGAAGCAGCUGGACGGCCUGAUCCGCGACACCAAGUCCACAGACUGCUGCCUGCACACGGUCUUCAAUGACUUCCUCAUGCUGUCCAACACGCAGUUCAUUGAAAACCGGGUGUACGAUGAGGAGGUGGAUGAGCCAGUGUCGAAGCCUGAGGCAGCAGAGAAACAGCCGGAGCAGGAGAAGACAAGGGAGCAGAAGGAGGCGGAGCUGAUCCCCAAAGUGCAGGAGGCGGUGAACUACGGCCUGAGUGUUCUGGAGUCUGCUUUCGAGCAGCUGGACAUCAAGGCCGGAAACUCGGACUCAGAAGACGAAGAGGCCACCGAUCGGGUCGAACCUAUACUGGAACCCAAGGAUCUAUAUGUGGAUCGGCCGUUACCAUACCUGAUAGGAUCCCAGUCCUUUAUGGAGCAGGACGAUGUGGGGCUGGGUGACCUCUCCAGCGAAGAAAUGUCCAUCGACAGUGAUCGGGACAGUGUCAUCGACAGUGAAGAAAACAAAGAUGAAGAUCAAUCAGACGACUUUGAUCAAGAUGAAAGACAAGGCAGCAUCAAGAAAAAGUCAUCCAUUACAAGUGAUGAAGACGAAGAGGAGGAGGACGAAGAGGAAGACUCUGACAUAUUUGGUGAAUCGGACAAAGAUGACAAUGAAGACAGAAAGAGCUCGAGGGGUCCGCCGUCGUUCGCAGACGAGCUGGCAGCCCGUAUCAAAGGGGAGACCGCAAGCAGGCCAGAAGAGGAUCGCACUUCAUUAACAUCUGCCACAUCCGCCGCGAAGAAGAAGAGUAAAGGCAAGAAAGACACAAAGCCUGUUAAGACACAGGCACCCCCUGAUGACAAUGAGAUGUUCAACCCUCCCCCAAUGGAGGACGAGGACUUCUCCCCAUUUGGAGGCAAAGGGGGUCUCUUCAGCGGAGGGAAGGGGCUGUUUGAUGAUGAUGAUGAGGGCGACCUCUUUUCUGAUGCACCAAAGCCUGAGGACACAUCAAGUAAAACAGCAGCUGUUAAAGAAACGGUGUCCUCCAAGCACAGUAAGAAGCCUGCUGGUGCUGCCUCCAUAUUCCCAGAAAGCAGCCUCUUCGAUUCCUCUACCAAUGGCUUGGAGUCCUUGGAGAGCAGGCAGAAUGAAGGUUCAGUCAGACCCAAAGCCCAGGCAGCACCGAAGCAGGCCACCACAGGAGGUCUCUUUGACGACGAUGAUGAUGACGACUUCUUCAGUGGCAGCACCCUCAAGAAGUCUGCUUCUGCUGGGCUGGAGAAACCCAAGCAGAAGAAAGCGGUGGACCUGUUUGGCGGCGAUGAAGAUGACGAUGAUGAAGAGGGUGACAUUUUCAGAGGGAAGUCCAGCACGCUGCCUCCCCAGCCCAAGAAGGAUGUGGAGGAGGAAGAAGUAGCCCCCAUUCCUGAAAAGAAGAUGCCUGCAGGGGCCAUCUCCAUGUUUGGGCCCGGGACAAAGAACAUCCUGGUGGAAGGGCUCAAGAGGCGGCAGGCCUCCACCAGUGAGGAGUCUGAGAAAUCAGAGGAGAGUGUACCAGCUCCAGAGGCAGUCAAACCAUCACCCAAGCCGGCGGCCAAGUCCCAGACCAGGGGUCUCUUCUCUGAUGAUGAGGACACGCAGAUCUUUCCAUCUGCUGGCAAAUCUCAGCCAAAGACUGAACCUGCAGUCCAGAGCAAGCCAAACAAGGCACCUCUCUCCAUAUUCGACGAUGAGGAAGAGGAGGAUCUGUUUGUGUCUGCGCCUCCAAAGUCCAAAGCCAAAAGUCCUUCGCUUCAGCCAGCCAGCACGCCCGUCUCUAGCUCACUCUUCAGUGAUGACGAGGACCAGUGGAUGAGCACCAAACCAAGUGAGACCAAACCUGAGGUGAAAGCCACAGGAAUGAAGGCUAGCAACAGUGCCCCAUCCAGACUCCCUGGUGUCAAAACUCCACAGAAAGACAGCCUGUUUGAUGAUGAUGAUGAUGACGAUGACCUCUUCACUGCCACCAAAGAGUCAAGUAAAAAGAAGCCUCAGAGAGUGUCCCUCUUGUUUGAAGAGGAAGACGAGGAUGAUGAAGAAAAGGGUUCGCUCUUUGGUUUCAAGCCAAAUACUAGCAGCACUGCAGCUGAAGUGAAGACUUCAACCACCGGCUCCCCGGCCCCCACCCCCAAAGGUGGAGAGAAGGUGGGGGAUAAACAGGGCCCACCCCCGGUGGAGAAGCCCCUAAUAGAGAACUUGCAGGCGGAGAGCGUGGAGCCUAAGAAGAAGCCACCUGGGGCUGUCAGCCUGUUCGGGGGGAUCGAUGUGCUGGGGGAGAAGCAGGACGGAGCCAAGACCAAGAGUCUGCUGGACGACCCUGAUGAGGAUGACUUCCCGUACAAAGACAGCCCUCCCCCCAUGGAGCAGGAGACCAAGCCCAAGAAGAAUAUCCUAAGCCUGUUCGAGGAUGACGAGGAAGAUGAGACCCUGCCCACGACCGUAUCCACUCAGCCAGUGGCCAAAAACACACUAAAGGUCCAGGAGCAGAGGUCUCGCACCAAGAGCACGGGGGUCUUCCAGGAUGAGGAGCUGCUGUUCAGCCAGAAGCAGCAGAAGGACAAUGAUCCCGAUGUUGACCUCUUUGCAUCAUCUGGGAAACACGAAAGCGAUCCACCAAGAUCGGUCAAGCCGGCGGCUCCCACGCUGUUCGGUGACGAUGACGAGGAUGACCUCUUCAGCUCCGCCAAGCCAAAAUCACCCCCGAAAGUGGCAGAGAAGCCCAGGAACGAGGAUACCUCUGUCAAACCUGCCAGUGCACCCCUAUCUGCAGAUACUGAGAAACCUACAACCCCUGUUAAAUCUAAAGAGCCCUCCUCACGGAUUGGAAAGCUCCAAGCCAGCAUGACCAUCAACCCGGCCAGCCUCCUGCCUGGUGCCAUUCUCAGGAUCCCGGGAACGGUCAGUGUUAUCCCGGGCCUGUCACCCCCCUCCCCCUCCUCCUCCACUACUGUCCUGGGACAGCCUCCAAGCCCCGCCGCUGCUGUCUCCGAGCCCCAGACGACAAGGGAGGGGGGAGUGAGCUUCGACACCCCCGCUCAGGUCACCACAUUACAGAGUGCCAACAAGGGUCGUGCCAAAGGAGCAGGCCGGCGGAGGCCACAGACCAGGGCAGCCAGACACCUGGCAGCUCAGCUGUCUGACGAGCUAAAAGAUGAAGGGCAGGAGGAGGCGGGACCCAGUACAGCCACGCCCUCUUCUCACCCCCCGCCCACAGCUACUUCUGCCCCCGCCCCUGCCACCACCCCUGCCCCAGCCCCCUCCAAAGCUUCAGCGCUGAGGCUGCCAGUCUCCAACCCGGCAGACUCCGCCCCUUCUGAAGGCGCCAAACCUAAGAGGCCCCCUGUUGUUGCCAACGACGACCUCUUUGGGUCUGACGACCUCUUCACCCCUGUCAGCAAGCAGACCCCCUCCCCAAAACCCAAGGCCAAGAGUCCGAAGGAGGUGCUGAAGGGUGGUCAGAAGAAGCAGGCGGCCCCAUCCAUCUUUGAUGACCAUGAGGAGGACCUCUUCCAGGUGGUCAAGCAGAAGCCAGCCAAGAAAGCCAAGGCCGUGCCCUUCCUAGAUGAUGAGGACGACGACAUUUUUGGGGCGGGAAAGAGCUCAGCUAAAAAAGAAGCUAAGGCCGAAGCCAACUCAGCAAAACAGAACAUUUUCCAAGAUGAAGUGGUAGAGAACAAAGACAAAGCUCCCAAGAAGCAGAAGCAGAAGGAGAAGGUCCUGGAUGCAAGCCUGUUCGACGACAAUGUGGACAUCUUCGCAGACCUGACUGCCACAACGAAACCAAAUGAGAAGAAGACGAAGAAGAAAGUGGAAACAAAGUCCAUAUUUGACGAUGAUAUGGAUGACAUCUUUUCAUCUAGCACCAUAAAACCUGUGGUGAAGUCCAGCUCCAAAUCAAAGAAGAGCCCGCCCACCCAGGACUCAAGUGCGACGGAGGACAAGAGCCACAGUAUUUUUGAUGAUCCCCUAAACGCCUUGGGGGGAAACUGAACUAUUUUGCACGUAAGAGUGUGCUGAAAGACUUGUGGUUUGAAGAGCCCAAAAUGGGUAGGAUGUAUUAAUACUGUUCAUAGUUUGUUUAUAAAUUCCAAGUAAUAACCUCUAAAUGAAAUUUUAAUAAGGUCAGAUAAAUUCAUGAUUAACUCUCAUUGACAUUCUCAAAGACAUCUCCGUUCAAGAUUCAUUAGCCCUCAAUAAGUGUGAUCACUGAGAUGCAUUUCGAUCAGUUUUGUUUCAUUUACAUGGUAGCACUUUAAGCAUGUAUUUAUCUGUCAAAAAUAUGCAAAAAAAAAACAAAUAAAUGGCUAAAAUUCUGUUGGAGACAUUUCCUUAGAGGGUCAUAUGUUUGCUGUUUGAUUCCCACGCUGGACUGGAUCAUCACAAGAUUACAAGAUCAGAGAUUGUGUUAGCACUUGACCUGAAUGCACCAAUUACCCAGUUACUCAUUUUUUUUUUUUACCAAGAACUCUUAAAUUCCUCAGCUCUGCAUGUGACAAAGUCAGUUUUUCAAAAGCUAUUUUUUUAAUUUGUGAAAUUUUAAAUGUGUGCGGAAGGGUUUCUUCCCAUUGUGCUCUGAAAAAAAAUCCGAUUUUUGGAAAUUAUUUUGAUCAUCCGUUGUGUAGUGGGGGAUUUUAUUCCUGUUGAUAAUUUUAUUACUUCUCAAACUGAAUUUCCACAAUCCCUUCAUUUUGCAAUCUGCAUCUGAUUAUUCAGGUGCUUUUCCAUUACCCUCUCUCCUAAAAUAAGUGUGUGUUUCCUGGCUGGGCAUUUCAGAAUUGGAAGUCUACUAUUAAGCAAAGAUAAUAUAAUUAUAGAGUGAUGCAUUUCCUGGGUUCUUGUGUAAGGAUGAAAUGUGUGAGCUCUAUCAAAACUAUUCUGUUUUCGAUACCUGCAUGAAAGGAAACAUUCCACACAGUGAUAUUUGAGCUACUACUAGAAUAAAUUAAUGUCCUCUAUAAUUUUACCCGGCCCACUUCCUGAAAUGAUGUUAUGAUUGCAUCCAUCAUAGUUCAGUAAAUCAGUGUAACGGUUUUUCUUAUGCUAUUCAGGAAUUUAAUACAAUAAAGGCUUUCUCUACUGUAUUGCGCUGCAGUUUGUUGAAGUUAUUGCAUGGCGUUCUCAUUUGUCAACCCUGCCGUGGCCCUAAUAUUACUCUAUAA